GGGGAGUCCCGCUCGCCGCAGCCCCAGCGCCGCGCGCGCCCCUCCCUCCUCGCGGACCUGGCGGUGCCGGCGCCCGGAGUGGCCCUUUAAAAGGCAGCUUAUUGUCCGGAGGGGGCGGGCGGGGGGCGCCGACCGCGGCCUGAGGCCCGGCCCCUCCCCUAUCCCUCCCUCUGUCCCCGCGUCGCUCGCUGGCUAGCUCGCUGGCUCGCUCGCCCGUCCGGCGCACGCUCCGCCUCCGUCAGUUGGCUCCGCUGUCGGGUGCGCGGCGUGGAGCGGCAGCCGGUCUGGACGCGCGGCCGGGGCUGGGGGCUGGGAGCGCGGCGCGCAAGAUCUCCCCGCGCGAGAGCGGCCCCUGCCACCGGGCGAGGCCUGCGCCGCGAUGGCAGAGAUGGGCAGUAAAGGGGUGACGGCGGGAAAGAUCGCCAGCAACGUGCAGAAGAAGCUCACCCGCGCGCAGGAGAAGGUUCUCCAGAAGCUGGGGAAGGCAGAUGAGACCAAGGAUGAGCAGUUUGAGCAGUGCGUCCAGAAUUUCAACAAGCAGCUGACUGAGGGCACCCGGCUGCAGAAGGAUCUCCGGACCUACCUGGCCUCUGUCAAAGCUAUGCACGAGGCUUCCAAGAAGCUGAAUGAGUGUCUGCAGGAGGUGUAUGAGCCCGAUUGGCCCGGCAGGGAUGAGGCAAACAAGAUCGCAGAGAACAACGACCUGCUGUGGAUGGAUUACCACCAGAAGCUGGUGGACCAGGCGCUGCUGACCAUGGACACGUACCUGGGCCAGUUCCCCGACAUCAAGUCACGCAUUGCCAAGCGGGGGCGCAAGCUGGUGGACUACGACAGUGCCCGGCACCACUACGAGUCCCUUCAAACUGCCAAAAAGAAGGAUGAAGCCAAAAUUGCCAAGCCCCGAUCCAGGCCACCUGCCAGCCUGAGAAUGGGCCUCCUGGGUUUCCCUGGAACGGCGCCGCCCUGCCUGGCGAGCCAGGUGAAAUUCGUCACGCGAUCCCAGGCGACUGUCCCUGGCUGGAGCAAGCCAGCCGAGGAGGAGCUCAUCAAAGCCCAGAAGGUGUUUGAGGAGAUGAAUGUGGAUCUGCAGGAGGAGCUGCCGUCCCUGUGGAACAGCCGCGUAGGUUUCUACGUCAACACGUUCCAGAGCAUCGCGGGCCUGGAGGAAAACUUCCACAAGGAGAUGAGCAAGCUCAACCAGAACCUCAAUGAUGUGCUGGUCGGCCUGGAGAAGCAACACGGGAGCAACACCUUCACGGUCAAGGCCCAGCCCAGAAAGAAAAGUAAACUGUUUUCGCGGCUGCGCAGAAAGAAGAACAGUGACAACGCGCCUGCAAAAGGGAACAAGAGCCCUUCACCUCCAGAUGGCUCCCCUGCCGCCACCCCCGAGAUCAGAGUCAACCACGAGCCAGAGCCGGCCGGCGGGGCCACGCCCGGGGCCACGCCCGGGGCCACCCUCCCCAAGUCCCCAUCUCAGCUCCGGAAAGGCCCACCAGUCCCUCCGCCUCCCAAACACACCCCGUCCAAGGAAGUCAAGCAGGAGCAGAUCCUCAGCCUGUUUGAGGACACGUUUGUCCCUGAGAUCAGCGUGACCACCCCCUCCCAGUUUGAGGCCCCGGGGCCUUUCUCGGAGCAGGCCAGUCUGCUGGACCUGGACUUUGACCCCCUCCCGCCCGUGACGAGCCCUGUGAAGGCACCCACGCCCUCUGGUCAGUCAAUUCCAUGGGACCUCUGGGAGCCCACAGAGAGUCCAGCCGGCAGCCUGCCUUCCGGGGAGCCCAGCGCUGCCGAGGGCACCUUUGCUGUGUCCUGGCCCAGCCAGACGGCCGAGCCGGGGCCUGCCCAACCAGCAGAGGCCUCGGAGGUGGCGGGUGGGACCCAACCUGCGGCUGGAGCCCAGGAGCCAGGGGAGACGGCGGCAAGUGAAGCAGCCUCCAGCUCUCUUCCUGCUGUCGUGGUGGAGACCUUCCCAGCAACUGUGAAUGGCACCGUGGAGGGCGGCAGUGGGGCCGGGCGCUUGGACCUGCCCCCAGGUUUCAUGUUCAAGGUACAGGCCCAGCACGACUACACGGCCACUGACACAGACGAGCUGCAGCUCAAGGCUGGUGAUGUGGUGCUGGUGAUCCCCUUCCAGAACCCUGAAGAGCAGGAUGAAGGCUGGCUCAUGGGCGUGAAGGAGAGCGACUGGAACCAGCACAAGGAGCUGGAGAAGUGCCGCGGCGUCUUCCCCGAGAACUUCACUGAGAGGGUCCCAUGACGGCGGGGCCCAGGCAGCCUCCGGGCGUGUGAAGAACACCUCCCGAAAAAUGUGUGGUUCUUUUUUUUGUUUUGUUUUCGUUUUUAAUCUUUUGAAGAGCAAAGGGAAAUCAAGAGGAGACCCCCAGGCAGAGGGGCGUUCUCCCAAAGAUUAGGUCGUUUUCCAAAGAGCCGCGUCCCGGCAAGUCCGGCGGAAAUUCACCAGUGUUUCUGAAGCUGCUGUGUCCCCUAGUUGAGUUUCUGGCGCCCCUGCCUGUGCCCGCAUGUGUGCCUGGCCGCAGGGCGGGGCUGGGGGCUGCCGAGCCACCAUGCUUGCCUGAAGCUUCGGCCGCGCCACCCGGGCAAGGGUCCUCUUUUCCUGGCAGCUGCUGUGGGUGGGGCCCAGACACCAGCCUAGCCUGGCUCUGCCCCGCAGAUGGUCUGUGUGCUGUUUGAAAAUAAAUCUUAGUGUUCAAAACAAAAUGAAACCAAAAAAAAAUGAUAAAAACUCUCAGAAAA